AUGGGGAUGCAGCCUGCAGAAGUUUUCACAGCCCCUCUGGAAGUGACUUGUGCUUUGAAGAAGAGUCUCACAGCCAAGCAGGUCCAGGCGGAUUUCAUAACUCUGGGUCUUAGUGAGGAAAAAGCCACUUACUUUGCUGAAAAGUGGAAGCAGAAUGCCCCCGCCCUUGCUCAGUGGGCCAUAGGUCAGACUCUGAUGAUUAACCAGCUCAUUGAUAUGGAGUGGAAAUUUGGAGUGACAUCUGGGAGCAGCGAACUGGAGAAAGUGGGAAGUAUAUUUUUACAACUAAAGUUGGUGGUUAAAAAAGGAAAUCAAACCGAAAAUGUGUAUAUAGAAUUAACCUUGCCUCAGUUCUACAGCUUCCUGCACGAGAUGGAGCGAGUCAGAACCAGCAUGGAGUGUUUCUGCUGAUUUCUGUCCCUGCAUCUCCGCUGGCCCCAUUUCCUGCCCUCCUCCCUUCCCUGGGUGACUGCUCUGAGAGGCACCUCACUUAUAGGCCUGUGGGGCACUCCAUGGGGCCCUGCCGGCUUCUUGGCAGCCCAGUGCAAAGGGUUUC